AUGUGUAUUCAUUGUGCCACGCAAGGGGGUCGCUCCUUCAAGGAAAUCAGUCCAUGUGGAAGACGCGUUAUAGCAGGCCAUGGAUGCCCCCGGGAGACGGUGGUCGAUCCGUUACAUGGGUUCGAUGGAUUUUUUAUGGGUCCGGCUCCGAACCCGUUGCAAGCGACAUGUUGUCAACAUGUAGCCAAGAAAAAGUCAUCGUUCACAAUGAAGAGAAUUAGAGAGUAUAUUGCGAGAAUUUCUCGGAUCCAAAAUCUCAGCCCAGAGCCGACUGUGAAAUCGAAAGAGUCCCUCAGCACGAGACAUAGCUCGAUUGACGAAGACAGCGAUGGGAUUCUUGUUUUCCAGAAAGGCAAGGAGUGCCCCAGUGAGAGUGGUAUCGACAUUGUCUUUGUCCACUGCCUUGGUGGCAGCCGUGUCCGGUCGUGGCAGAAAGACGGCGUCUGCUGGCCUCGCGAUCUCCUUGGUCAAGAGUUUCCAAAUGUAGGAAUUUUUACUUGGGGGUAUACUUUGCCGACAUUGAACAGCUCUAACAUUGAUGAUUAUCUCUCCAAUCCAAUGAGCGAUCUUCUUGUGGCCGAUUUGACCAGAGUCAUGGGCAAUUCUAAUCGUCACAUCAUUUUCGUGGCCCACGGUCUUGGCGGUGCCAUCGUUAAAGAGGCCCUAUCCGCUGCUGCCGUGUCUCAAGUCUUUGGGAAAUACUCAGAUUCAGGGAAUGUCUACGCCAGAACGGCCGGUAUAGUAUUUCUCGGCACGCCUCACAGAGGUAACCAAAGACAGACCAUGGAAGAUGUUAUUGUCGGGACUACCGCUCUCGAAUUGGGCCGACCUGAUGAGACUGGUGCGAGACUAAUCAAGAAGCACCUGGAAGUACUCACAUCGCAGCGAGAUGAGUUUCUUGCCAUCUCUCGAGACUUGUUAGUUGUCUGCGUGAGGGAAACACUGCCAACUACCACAUCGUUUAUGGUCCCAAAAGCAAGUGCUACGUAUGAUGGUUUGAACGUCGUGUGUGACGAUAUCUUGGCAGACCACUUUGAUAUAGCUAGGUUUGCAAACCGGCAAGACCCAGGCUAUUUCCAAUUAGUGGGACACCUCAGUAAAAUGUCGCAAAAAUCCCAAAUAGACGAUACUGAAGCAAAAAUGAUCCGCAACAGAGAAAUUCUUGAUGCUUUGUAUUUUGAUAUGCGUAAUAAGCGAGAACCUGGUGAUAAUGCCGUCGAUUCAACUUGCUCGUCUAUCAUUGGCGGCGGAGACGGCCAAAUGCCGUCAGGGUUCCACAGAUGGCUGCAAUCUCCAGGACCCAUCUUCUGGAUAAGCGGAAACCCUGGGUCUGGAAAGACUACGCUGAUGAAGCACAUGCUUUACAGCUUGGAAACUCGGAGGUAUCUUGAGCAAUGGGCAGGUGAUAAUACGCUGAUGGUAGCAUCUGUCUUUCUCUUCGACAGUGGUGAUCAAAUUCAAAAGUCCCGGGAAGGUAUGCUUCGAGCGUUUUUGUACCAGAUCCUGAGUGCUAGGCCCGACUUCAUUCCAAUUUGCUUUCCCAGUUUUAUGGAAGGGCCUUGGCCCCCGCCACUACCUUUCAACACAGUUGUGAAUCUAUCCCAAGGGUUCUACCAAUUGUUCGCCAAAUUGGCGAAGACCCUGAGACUGGUCCUUUUCGUCGAUGCGCUUGACGAGUAUCGCUCGACAGAGUCUGAUGAGUAUGCCGCCAGAGAGAGCAUCUCAGGUGAUUCAUUGAGCUCUGAUGGGGGCAAUUCAGUUCUAGGCUCAAGGGGAUGGAUCGCAAAUUCGCACGUGGAGAUAGCUCGUCUGAUCAGCGAAUAUGCCUGUGCGGAUUUUAUCAAACUCUGCAUCUCGAGUAGAGAGCUCCCAAUAUUUGAGGAGUCUUUCGGACAAUUUCCGCGCUUGCGAGUUCAUUCAAGGACUAUGAGACUGAUUUCUCAAUACUGUGCAGACCGCCUAGAAAACGUUUCCCCAGGCUUGUCUUCUGGACAACAACAUCUUUGUAACGAGGUUGCUCAGCUAUCCAACGGAGACUUCUUGUGGGCCCGACUAGCUAUCAACAUUUUGAUGGAAGGAUCAUUGAAAUCGCUGAAAUCCACCCUCGAUGCUCUUCCCGCUCAACUGGGAGGCUUUGAUGGACUCUACAUGCGCAUCGUUCAAAGUCUUCCAUCUACACAGCGGCGCGAAGCUUGUAGGAUUUUUGAGAUAACUCUGAGAUCCCGUGACCCUCCAAAUAUAGUCACAUUGACAUUGGCCGAGGAAGGCUAUUUAGCGAGGAAAGAGCUGCAGAAGCUUAAUCCCGACCUGGGCGAAUUGCUUGUCCGACACGAAAAAGCAAAUCCUGUGUCCGCAUAUGACGUGGCCACAAUAGUGGAAAACAUGGAACAGCGUUUGUUGAGCUGCUGUGCAGGUCUGCUGGAGAAGACAGACAAUGGUCAGCGCGUGGUGUUUAUGCAUCUGACUGCCAAGGAGUUUCUGGCCAAAUCUGGCAUCUGGGACAGACUCUCUGUGACAAAACCUAGUAGCAUUGAGAUCGACUACUCGCUGAUCAGUGCAAAUAUUCGGUAUCUUCGGUAUGUUAUCACGACACGUCUGUUCGCCUCAAGGUGGCCACGCUUUCGGGUCGAGCCAGAGGCGUGGCUUUUGAUUGGGAGCAUUUUGCAGUAUGCCAGCCGUGUGGACGACAAACCUUUCGAUUUUGACUCAUACGUUGAUAUGUUGGAUGUGCUGGAUGACAUGUGCAAUGAGUGCUGGCAACAAGCAGUCCAGGGCUAUAUGCCCCCGUCCACCGAUCGCGAAUGGUCCAACGAACAACGUUCGAGGUUGUUAGCCACUAGCUGGGCAGCCUUUGAACCGAUGGACUUUGGGCAAUCUCCAUGGCGCCAUAAUUUCCUUGCGUUGGGUAUCCAAGCAAAUCUAUUCAACUAUGUGUCUGCAAAGCUGAUGGCCUUCAGCGAUAAUGAUCGAGCAGCGGAGGCACAGAGCCUCCUGCAAUAUGCUGUCUACUCAGAAGGAGACAAUCGGUCAACGAAGGGUUCCAUGGUGUCGUCCUGCACUCCACUGACUGGCAGCUAUAGAGAUUUCCAUCACGAUUUGCCAGACGCGGAGUUUGUUCGCCUUCUUCUCCAGUGCGGAGCGAGUUCGCGGCAUCAACAAGCUCAACAUCUAUGGGCACGAGUGUUGCUGGCUGGGAGAAGGUAUUUCUCCAAGCAAGGGGUGUCCGCCUUGUCUAUCAGGACAUCUCCAGCGCAAGCAACUACACAGAAUCGACAGCGGUGGGUUGCCAUCGUGACGGCACUUUUAGAAGAUGGUGCCAAUCCCCACCUGCAGGUUGAAACAGGCGGGGAAACGGGUGGAGAUGGUUCAACUGAAGUGAGGUCGGCAAUAGAAAUCAUUAGAUCUACAUUGGCAGGCGAAGAUGGGUUCGCAAGAGCCCUCAUAGUCAUAGAAGCUGCAGCCGUUGAAGCGGAACUGGCGAAAAAGGUUGGGUAGAUUGGGUUUCUCAGCUUCGGACCGUGCAGUCGGACUUUGACCACACAACGCGGCCAUUCAAAUCUCAAUUUCAUUCCGUCAAGGACCCCCGUGCGACGCGCGAUCUGCAAAUAAGAUGCGAAUUCUUGGUGAGACGACCGCUGACAUAGCCACUGUAUAGUCUAAACAGCGAUGUUCAUUUGAAGGCCAGGAACAGUAGACGAUCCCUUGCAAUUCUGUAAUUAGGUGGCGAUAUAAUUCGCUACAGUUGACAGUAGACGG